CCGCCCCCAAUCACGGGCCCAACUCCGGUCACAGGCCAAGCCGUCGCCUUGUGAGGGAUCCGCCGGCUGGGCAGCAGCAGCAGUAGAAAUGAUGGAAGAAUUGCACAGUCUGGAUCCACGGCGACAGGAGCUGCUGGAGGCAAGGUUCACUGGAAUGGGCGUCACCAAGGAAUCCCUGCUGCAAGUGGAUGUUGGGAGAAGAGACAAUUGGGAUCAACACCGGCAGCCAAUAACACCCUUUAAACAUAAAGAAGAGAAUAAAACCUGCACUUACGUCGUGCCUUUCACAACUUCAAGACAUCCCACAAUACCAGUAAAUGAGUCGUCCAACCAGAGCUUGUGCAGCUUGGGAUCUCUGAGUGACAAGGAAUCCGAGACACCGGAGAAGAAGCAAAGUGAGCAGCGAGGGAGGAAACGAAAGGCGGAUCCCUACAAUGAGGCCAAUCAAGGAAAAGGCACCCCAAGGGGACAUAAAAUUAGUGAUUACUUUGAGUUUGCUGGCGGCAGUGUCACAGGCACAAGUCCAGGGCGGAGUGUACCACCCGUAGCUCGUUCAUCCCCACAACAUUCCUUAUCAUAUUCAUCACCUUCUGUUCAGCACGGCAGUCCUUCGUCAGUGGGAUCGGCCAACACAGAGCAUUCCUGUAGUUCACAAAAGAUCAUUAAUGUACAACACAAACAAUCACAGACAGACUUCACGCUGGAAAAACUAACUGCCCUGGAAAGCAGCAAAAAUUCAGACUUAGAAAAAAAGGAGGGAAGAAUCGAUGAUUUACUACGGACAAAUUGUGAUUUAAGACGACAAAUAGAUGAGCAACAGAAAAUGCUUGAAAGAUAUAAAGAACGGUUAAAUAAAUGUGUGACAAUGAGCAAAAAGCUACUAAUAGAAAAGUCAAAACAAGAGAAGCUUGCCUGUCGAGACAAAAGUAUGCAGGACCGUCUGCGACUAGGACACUUCACCACAGUCCGGCAUGGAGCCUCCUUCACUGAGCAAUGGACAGAUGGUUACGCGUUUCAGAAUCUUAUUAAACAACAGGAGCGGAUAAACACCCAGCGAGAGGAGAUUGAGCGACAGAGGAAGCUGUUAGCAAAACGGAAACCAGCAGCCAUGUGUCAGAUGCUGCCUACAAAUAAUGAGCAAAAACAGAGGAAAAACAAAGCAAAUGGAGCAGAAAAUGAGACCUUGACUUUAGCAGAAUACCAUGAACAGGAAGAAAUCUUCAAACUAAGAUUAGGACAUUUAAAAAAGGAGGAGGCUGAGAUACAGGCAGAGCUAGAGCGGUUGGAAAGAGUACGCAAUUUACACAUAAGGGAACUGAAGAGGAUACACAAUGAAGAUAAUUCACAAUUUAAAGAUCAUCCUACGUUAAAUGACAGAUAUUUGCUACUACACCUGUUGGGAAGAGGAGGUUUCAGUGAAGUGUACAAGGCAUUCGAUCUACAAGAACAGAGAUAUGUAGCAGUAAAAAUUCACCAGUUAAAUAAAACCUGGCGGGAGGAAAAGAAAGAAAAUUACCACAAACAUGCCUGCAGAGAGUAUAGAAUUCACAAGGAACUGGAUCACCCCAGGAUAGUCAGACUCUAUGACUAUUUCUCAUUAGAUACAGAUUCGUUUUGUACUGUGUUAGAGUACUGUGAAGGCAAUGACCUGGAUUUCUACCUGAAACAGCACAAGUUAAUGUCAGAAAAGGAAGGGCGUUCCAUCAUCAUGCAGGUGGUCAAUGCUUUGAAAUAUCUGAAUGAGAUCAAGCCCCCCAUCAUCCACUAUGACCUUAAGCCAGGUAACAUUCUCCUGGUGAACGGAACAGCAUGUGGAGAAAUAAAAAUCACAGACUUCGGGUUAUCUAAAAUCAUGGAUGAUGAUAGCUACAAUUCAGUAGAUGGGAUGGAACUCACGUCACAGGGAGCAGGCACAUACUGGUAUUUGCCUCCUGAAUGUUUUGUGGUUGGGAAAGAGCCUCCUAAGAUUUCCAAUAAGGUAGACGUAUGGUCUGUGGGAGUUAUCUUCUAUCAGUGUCUCUAUGGACGCAAGCCAUUUGGUCACAACCAGUCUCAACAGGACAUCCUUCAGGAAAACACAAUUCUGAAAGCUACGGAGGUGCAGUUCCCCCAGAAGCCAGUGAACAGUGCAGAAGCAAAGGCUUUUAUCCGUCGCUGUUUGGCAUAUCGUAAAGAGGACCGGAUAGAUGUUCAGCAACUUGCCAGUGACCCAUAUUUGAUGCCUCAUAUUAGAAAAUCAGUGUCCAGCACCAGCCCAGGUGUGGUCGCAUCAACCUCUGGAUCAUCUAAUAACAACAGUUCAAACUGAGCAUGCAGGCUAUCCGCUGAGAGGGUACAUUAAAGAAAAGGAGUACAGAAUCCGUACUGGUGAUAUCCUGAUUUGUACCAGGUGUUUUCUCCGUGUCUGUCCACCUGUGGGAAAGAACGUCCUCACUGAUUCUCCGAAGCGGGAUGGACAGAGACUGCGAUGCUCCAGGCUGGAAGCAAGGAGGCGAUGACAGAGGCUAUGAAUCACGGACCAUGACUGAUGGCUGCUAAUGAAAAGGACAAUGAUCAGAAUCUGCACCCUUCUCCCAUGUCCCUUGUCUGUAGCCCAGACACAACCUUGAACUGAAAGUGGCUGAGUGCUGGAAGAGUGAACAAGAUAUUUGUUUUUAAAUGCUUUUAACCUCUCCCAACCCCCCAAACUGCAAAUAAAAUCUGAAUUGGUAACAUCUGUUUUAAGUUGAGCACAAAUAUUAGACUGGGGACUUGACUGUUCCAAAGUUUUUGAGGCUGCCUGUUGGUGGUAGUGGUGUUCUUUUUCAGUUUGUUAUAGACAGAGUCCUGUUGGUCUUAAAAAAAAAAUUGGACCUUUUCCUUCUCCCCUCCCCCAUCCCACAUCCCAAAUUCCUGUCUAUUUACUUUCUGACUCUUUCUACACUGCUUUGUCUUACACUGUUCCUGCAGUACCUUAACAUGUUGCUCAUUUUCUGCUCGGGUGGAUGUAGAUUGAGACACAGACAACACUAAGGCUUUGAAGAACCUGCAGCAGGAAAAAUACUUUGAUUUGAUAUUUGGGCAUCUGCUUUUUUCAGCCUUUUUUUUUUCUUGCUCCCUCCUAGCGAUGGGUUAUUUAUUUCUUUUUAUUCCUCCUGCUCACCCUCCUCAAACCAGGCAUUUCAUUUUGGCUUUUGCUGAGUCUUACUUUCCAAAGGCAUAUGCACAGUUUAGAUGCCAUCUGGCACUUAAUGACCAAGUGCAAUACAAUAUUUGUGAUCCACUGUUGGUUUCCACCUGAAUUUUUAAAUUUUGGGAAAAUAACUGCAAAUAUUCAUCUGGCAAAAUGCAGGGUCUGACUUUCACGUGACUGAUUUUAUUUCUGUUUUUAAGUAAUAAACCUUUCCAGGUAGAAUGUUGUCUUAUUACAUUAAUAGUUGAAGUUCAGUUUUUUUAAAAAAAAUUGAAUUUGAGAGGCCUAGUUCAUGUCAGCAAAUGUUGACGUGGUGAUUUGGCCGCAUCCCAUCCCUUCCCGGGAUGAGGGUCCCUCAUUCUAUAAGAAAAUGACCAGUUAACCUGCCAACUACAGAUCCCUAACUUGUCGGUCAGAGUUGAGUGAAACCCUGAUGAGCUCCAACCUGGGACUAUGGUUGGAUGCAGUUGGUCAAAUGUAUUAAAAGCGUCCCACCCAUAGGGGAUAUUUGAUCUUUUGGAUAAGCAGAAUACGCUUCUGAACGUUUUCCCAAGUAUAAUGCCGAAUGUUCUUUUUUACUUCGAGUUUGUGAGGGAAAACUAGUAUGAAAAAGUGUGGAGUUUUUAUUGUUUUUUUUUAAGAUGAGUAAAUUUCUUAUCGCACUGGAGUAAAAUUUAGUUUAAAUGAGGUAACUUCAGCUCGGACUAGUAUUGGAGUCUUACAGCAUCAAAGGAGGCCAUUUGGCCUAUCAUGCCUGUGCUGCCCCAGUUUUUUGUUUUGUUGGGUGAAUAAAUCCUUUGAGUAGUUUUGAAUGAAAUUAUCAUGUUUGCUUUUACUGAAGUAAAAAGAGGGCUGCAUGUUUACAAACUACACUAUAUCCAUACUGUGUCUUUUGAAUGCAGGUACUGAUUUGUCAGUGAACAUUAUCUCAACCUGAACAUGGAUGAUUAUUAUCCUUUUCUGGGGAGAGUGGUCUUGCUCCUGAACUCUCACUAGGUCUAUGUGCACAACAUAUCUUUUCAACAGUGGCAAAUUGUACACUUGCAUCUGAAGGGUGUUAGCUCAGAGUGGAGAGGUGCUGCACUCCUGAUCAUGUACAUGCUCUCCCACUCUCUGCCCUCUUGUGUAUUCCCUUUACCUUUCGCUUUCCCUCUUUUAUUUUAAUCCCCCUCUUGCUUGCAUGAGUAUGCACUCUCAGAGGCUCUCAUUAAGUAUUACAUUGGUGUUGUUUUUCCACCUCCGGAAUUUUAACCAAUAAAUUCCUUGAGGUGAUGAACUAGCCCCAUGGAGAUCUGUGAGUUUCAAUUAGUGUCCAAGCACACACUAUACCUAUGUUACCUGGAAUCAAUCUUUCCCCUCUCAUUCUCAACCAGGAAAAUAUUUAAGGAUCCUCCUUUAUUAAUAGGGAGCUAUAGACCAAAAUCAAAACACUUUUUUAAAUACUUAUUUUCACAUUAUAGCCUUAGAUUUUUUUAACUGCAUGGUUUCAUGCCCUUUUCAGAAUGGUGAGAUAAAGUGAGAAGAAUGCACUUUCCCUGUGGUAUGGCUUAGGAUUCAAGUCAAACCCUGUUGAGCAAACGAUGAUAUUGCUUUGGUACAGUAGCAAAACUGAACUGUGGCUUUGUGUGGUGAGUUGUGCAAGAAAUUCUGACGGUGGUCUGAAAAUAUUAGCUGGCGAGAUAGCUUAAAGUGCAAUGUGGAAUCUACUCCGUGAAAUAGGUACAAGCGAACUGCAUUUUAACGAACCUUGGUGCAGCAUAACCCAGGAAUUUGUAUGAAGGGAAUUCACUACAAAUCGUCCUCUUAAACUGUCCUGAAUCUUUAGAAAGCAAAAGCUGGGUACAAUUUCAAGGUUAAAACGAUUGAACUCUGGAAUUGGUGCUGGGUCAUACAGGGACAUAGCCUGACUGCAUUGUAGUCCAAAAAAAGAUGACAACUGCAUGGGUGAGCUGUAUCUGGCCUUCCAGUGAAGUCUUGAGUCUUGGUACCUAAGUGGAUCCUUUUGACAUUAACCUGGAGUAGCAUGUGCAGUAGUUCUACCUUGUUGAAGUAUGGUAAAAGAGAACGUUUAAGCUAUGGAGCACAAUUUAUUAAUUUGGUUAAAUAAAUGAGAUUUGCCCCUCCCCAUAAUUAAACUGAACGUGCCAAGGUUGUGGUCAGCAAUUGAAUAUACAUGUCUUUGCUAUUAAAGAUAAGGAAAUGGUAAGGGUUCAGGCCCCAUCAGUAUGGUUAUUGUCAUCUGGUUUUGUCUAGAAAGUGGAUUAUUUUCCUAGCAUGCAGACCCACUGGUGUCCAAGUUUAGAGGGUGCUGGACACAGUGGGAGCAGAACUGCCCUCUGAUUUGGCUGGGUAAAAACUAAAAUAGUAAACAAAAUUCAGUUAGGGUCAUUAUUAGUAACUUUAAUGAGCGACCCAGAUUUAGUGGCACUGUAUCUGUGGAGAAAGUUUUUGAGGUCCCUAAUUGGAAUAGAAUCAUCUACACUGUGCUGCUGAUGUGCAACAACCAAUCCUAAUUCUAUGACUGAGUUUAAAACAUCAUUAAGGAAUAACAGCACUUAAUGGAGUGGUUAAGUGUUAUUUCUGUGUUUUUAAAAAUUAUAUUUGGCUUUUAUACUGAUUUUAUUGAAGGAUCGAUGCAACUUAUUGUGUACUUCAACUUCAGUGCAAUGUAGUCUGUUUGAAUCACAUUAGGUACCUUUAUGAAAUCAGUAUUGUUCCCUUUUUUAUUAAAACACUUGUCUGAAAUUGAACCCAAACAGCAGCAAGCGGAGUGUAAGAUAUAUAUACAGAUAUUCUGGGGAGAGGCAUGGAAAGGGCUACUAAGUCUAAUUUCUGAUGAUUUGCAACCAGAGCGUGCACUUUGCACAGAGCAUUUCUAUCUAGUUGUUUAGGUUUGGCACUCCUGUACUUGGUAGCAGCUUUUUUUAAGAAGGAAUUUGACUAACUCUUACCAUCACCUAGAUCCUCUGGGGCUGCAUUUUCGUUUCACCCGAGUACAGAAAUGAUAGCGGGUGUGGAUGGAAUCUUGGUGCUCAAACGAGAAUGGUUUGCCUUAACAUAAAUCUAAGUAUCUGCGUCGUUGUGCAGGAUUAAAUUGAUAUUUUUGGCAAACAAGUAUUAGUUUUAAUCCACAAUACCUGAAGGUUGGUACUGAACAGCAGCAAUGGAUCCCUGAAAAUGUCUGAAAAUAAAACAAGCUUGUACAUGUCUCUCUAAGGGGUGAUGAGGUUCUUUUGCACAGUGGAUAAUUCUGUUUGUGAGAGAUCAGAAUUUUUUUUCCCUCUGGGAGAGAAUACGCUCACCUUGCCAAACCCUCUUUGCUUCGGGUGACCCUCUUUUCCCCUAAUGUAUGUCCACCCAUUAUCCACCCAACUAUAAUGAAUUGUUAGUGUCCAUUUCAGUUCUCAAACAUCCACUUACCAAAAUAUUAAGGAAAGUUUGUGUUUAGCACAUUUCUGAUGGGCAUUAAAAGAUGUGAUGCAAAGUUGCUAUGAUUCAAGUUUCUGAACAAAUCUUAAAUCUUGUACCUUUUAAACAUUGACUGGAACUGGUUUUCUUCAGGGCAGGAGGACUACUUAGUGCUUACAGACAAAUCACUCUGUUCGCCCUCGUACCAAUAAACAUCCAGUAGACUUGAAGAUGUUCUUUCAUUUCAUAGUUUAUUAUGGUCAAUUUCAUGACAACUUGAUAAGUCUUUAGCAGGUUUUAAAGUGGAUCCAUGUAACGUUGAUUGUAAUACAUGGAAUCGCUGGACCUGUGACAGCUCCAUGACAAAUGAUUUAUAAAGGUACCAGAUUUUCUUGGUGAGUUUUAGUCCCUCUCAAAUCCAGUGGGUAGGAUCAUCUAUAAUGUUCAUUUUUUUUUCUGGAAACUAUUUUUUUCAGAUAAGGAAUAAAGUAAUCCAGACCUUAUUUUGAUAAACUGAACAUCACAUUUUUUAAAUCCCAAUUUUUCAAUGCUGUAUGGAAAAUCAACCUUUUGGUUUAUUCCUCCUAUUAUGUUUUUUUCUCCUCUUUGGAAUUUUGUGUCCUCCAGUUAGUACACUGCAUAUGAGCAAUCUUUGGGCAACCCCCUCCUCCCUAUGCUCUUGUUCCCCUCCACAUCCCCAACAAUGCACCCCGCAGCUUCAGCAGUGUCCCCUUAUGGCUGAUUAUCAUUCAGCAGUUAUACAUGUGCAGAAACUUUGGUUAUAGAGUGUUCCUUUCAGUUUCUUUCAUUGCAGCUAGUUUAAACACUGUGAAUAACUCCUGGUUUGGUAAACUUUCAGACCAGUUUAUUUCUCCCUGUGGUUCCUCUUUCCAACUGUUCUUUUUUUUAAAAAAAAGAAAGAUAUUUGUACAAAUGCCUCUAUUUAACUGUAUACUGUAGUGGUAUGAUGACGAUUCUGAUUUCAACUACGUGAGCCUCUUCUAGACUACAGCUUUACUUUUAAUGUACAAAAAGAGAAACAAAAUGAAGGGGUGAAGUUAAACCGGUACGGAUAUUUUCUUUUGAAUCAAAAGGAAGGUGCCGUGGAGCCCCUGUGAGUAUGUGUCACUGUGAAAUACAUGCUUGGUUAAUAACCCAGUCUGUUGAUGAGGGUUGCUGUGUAUAUUUCAAAAAAUUGUAUUGCUUUGACUGUGCGGAUUCCAAACCGUUAGAUGUCCAUUGAUAGCUGCUGCAGUGUAGAAAUUGUUUCUUUUAUUCAUCUGCUAAUAAAUUCAACCUCAUAACAAA